AAAAAAAAAAAAAAAAAAUGGGCGGCAGCCUAUGGGGGGGCUUGAAGUCCCAUGACGUCGGUGGGAGCCGGCUGGGUGUGUUGCCUAGAGACCCUGGCAGGGUCAGCGUUCUGUCCCCUCCCCCCGGCCCGCUCCGGCGUCUAUAUAGGGCGAGGGAUCGCCGGGUACAGAGUUUCAGCAGUCCGCUUGCUGUACCCUCAGCUCCGGAGAAGUGGGUUUUUUUGGGGGGGCGGGGGGAGGGAAGAGGGAAAAAAAGAGGAGAGGCUUUUAAAAGCAGUUUUGUUUUGUUUUUUACCCCGGACUCCAAAGAAUCCCAAAGCUUUUAACCCCGUUACCCGGUCUCUCCACCCCUUCCACAAACUUUUUCUUCUCCCUCCCACCCUUACCCCUCGCCCGCCAGCCGUCGUGGCUCAUCCCAAGCCCUGCUGGACAGCGGGGUCCUUGGGUUCCUCCUGCAUCUGCGACUCUCACAGGACCUAGAAACAUGUCGACCACACUUUUGUCUGCCUUCUAUGACAUCGACUUCUUUUGCAAGCAGACGGAGAAAUCCCUGACCAACCUCAACUUGAACAGCAUGCUGGACAAGAAGGCCGUGGGGACGCCCGUGACCACCUCCCCCAGCUCCAGCUUCACGCCGGGAUUUCUCCGGAGGCACUCCACCAGCAACCUGCAGGCCCUUGCGCACCCUAACCCGAGCCCGGCCACCGUUCCCGGCAACUGCUCUCCCAAGUUCACUGGCAUUAACAGCUGCAGCAGCUCGGGCGGCUCGAGCUCCUACAGUAACCUCAAGGAGCCGUCGGGGGGAGGCGGCAGUGCUGGCACCACGGCCCUACUGAACAAGGAGAAUAAGUUCCGGGACCGCUCUUUCAGCGAGAACGGCGACCGCAGCCAGCACCUCAUGCAGCUGCAGCAGCAGCAGCAGCAGAAGUCGGGUGGCGGCUCCCAGAUUAACUCCACGCGUUACAAGACGGAGCUGUGCCGCCCCUUCGAGGAGAGCGGCACCUGCAAGUAUGGGGAGAAAUGUCAGUUCGCCCACGGCUUCCACGAACUGCGGAGCCUGACCCGGCACCCCAAGUACAAGACGGAGCUGUGCCGCACCUUCCACACCAUUGGCUUCUGCCCCUACGGGCCCCGCUGCCACUUCAUCCACAACGCGGAGGAGCGCCGCCCCUCACCUUCCGGGGGCGCGGGGGGCAGUGGAGGGGACCUCCGUGCUUUCAGCCCCCGAGAGGCCCUGCACUUGGGCUUCGCGGCGCACCCCCGGGAGCCAAGGCCCAAGCUGCACCACAGCCUCAGCUUCUCCGGCUUCUCCUCGGCGCACCACCAGCACCCCGGCGGCCUGGAGUCGCCCCUCCUCGAGAGCCCCACGUCCAGGACCCCGCCACCGGCCUCGUCCUGCUCCUCCUCCACCUCCUCUUCCUCAUCGUCGUGCUCCUCCUCCGCCUCCUCAUCGUCGUGCUCCUCCUCCACGUCCUCCUCGUCCUCCUCUUCGGCCGCCGCCCCCUCCUGCUGUUCCCCGACGGCCGCGGCAGCUGCGGCUGCGGCAGCACUGCUGUACGGCGCGGGCGGAGGGGGUGAGGACUUGCUCUCCCCGGCCCCGUGCGCCGCCUGCGCCAACAACGCCUUCGCCCCCUUCUCGGGCCAGGAGCUCAGUAACCUUAUCACGCCCCUCGCCAUUCACACUCACAACUUCGCCGUGGCCGCCGCCUAUUACCGCAGCCAGCAGCAGCAGCAGCAGCACCCGCCCACCGCGCCCCACCCGACGGCCGCCGCCGCCGCUGCUGCUGCU